CGAGGGCGGGAAGCCCGGAGGGGCGGCGGCGGUUAAGGUUCUCCGCGCGAAGCUUGGCAGGGUGCGGCGCUGCAGAGAAGGGUAGGAGAAGUGCGGCUGUCAAGUCUGCUGGUGCAAUGGCGACCGUGCAACCGAAAGGAAAACAUCGCCCCUUUUGCUGCAGCGUGAAAGGCCACGUGAAGAUGCUGCGGCUGGUACUAACUGUGACAUCUAUGACCUGCUUUAUCCUCGCACAAGCUCCUGAACCAUACAUUGUUAUCACUGGAUUUGAAGUCACUAUUAUUUUAUUUUUCAUAAUUUUAUAUAUCUUUAGACUUGAUCGAUUGAUGAAAUGGUUAUUUUGGCCUUUGCUUGAUAUUAUCAACUCAAUGGUAACAACAUUAUUCAUGAUCAUCGUAUCUGUUUUGGCACUGAUACCAGAAACCACAAUGCUGACAAUCCUUGGAGGGGUGUUUGGACUCGUGACAGCAGUGUGCUGUAUUGCAGAUGGCGCCCUACUUUACCGGAAGCUUCUAUUUAAUCCAAGUGGUCCUUACCAGAAAAAACCUGUUCACGACAAAGAAUUGUUCUAAUUUUGUAUUUCUUUUUAGUUGGCAAUAAGUAUUAAACAUGUUUCCUUAUUCCACA